AGGGGGCGGGGCCAGUGAGCCGCUCGGGCGCGCGUGCGUGGCGCGGAGGCGGAGGGCCGAGAUGUCGGCCGUCCUGAGCACGACGCUGCGGGGCCUGAGCAGCGACUCGUACUGCGAGAUCGGCGACUACUGGGACCAGCGCUUCAAGGGCAUCCGGGACCAGCGGCUGAAAUCCCUGAAGAACUCCACCACCCUCUACGUGGGCAACCUGUCCUUCUACACCACCGAGGAGCAAAUCCAUGAGCUCUUUUCCAAGUGUGGGGAUGUCAAGCGCAUCGUCAUGGGCCUGGACAGGGUGAAGAAAACCCCUUGUGGCUUCUGCUUUGUGGAAUACUACACAAGAACGGAUGCUGAGCAUUCUAUGCGGUUCAUCAACGGAACCCGGCUGGAUGACCGCGUGAUCCGAACAGACUGGGAUACCGGGUUCACGGAAGGACGGCAGUAUGGCCGUGGGAAGACCGGUGGCCAGAUUCGGGAUGAAUACCGGACAGACUAUGAUGUUGGGAGAGGUGGCUUUGGCAAGAUUAUUCAGAUGCAGAAGUUGAAUCAACAGACGGUGAUCUACUAGCAGCUUCUUGGACUGAGGGCAAGAGGAAGUCUAGAUUCUUCCAGGAGUGUCCCUGGACUCGGAGGGGAGGAGAGUGAUGGCUUGACAGCAUUCUUGGCAACCUGCAGCUCUAGCGGCCCUUGAGGACUUCUCGCUCCGGCUAAUGCAGGGGAAGUCUUCCAGGGUUAUGUGCUUGUCUGGCAGUCCCUGAGCCGCGGAGCUGAGGAAUCCCAACGUUGUCAGAAUCUCUGGCCUAGCUGGAUUAGGACAGGAGAUGCUGUGGAAUUUGACUGGCUCUUUGCUCUCCUGGCUUUUCCAGUGUAGUGACUUUAGUGCCCUAGUUUGUCUCUGUUCUGAAUCCUUCAUUUUCCUCCUUUUUAAAGAUUCCUAAAUAAACUGCACAUCCUGUAUCUUCUGCUGUAGUCUGUAACCAUAUGGUGGGUAAAGAGAAUAAAGAAUGAGAGUUCUUUCAA